AGCCCACCAUUCGAGAUGCUACACCUACGAGAAACUUUGUUUCUACUCUUCAUACUUGGAGCGAGUCUCGCUGAGGCAGCCUACAACAGCUACGCAGCUCCUGCUGCUGCCUCUGGAGGCCUUCGUCCCGGCAAUGGACGUGCUCCUGGAGGAGGACGACCGGUGCGCUCUGUGGAGACACUGUAUCAGUGGAAACAACUGGAGUUCGGAUUUGCCACGCCACAGGAUCGACAACAGGCAGAAGCAGACGGCAACUUGAUGCCGGAAAAUGGAACUCCCAUCGAUGUUCAGCCGCAUUUCCUGUCCAAUGGACAGGUGCGUGUGUUCACCACCAUUCCCAGGUUUGUCACUGGCAUUCCCUACACCCUGGCCACCGUCUCCGACCAGGAGGGCCCCAAUGGGCCACAGUUGCAGCCGUAUCCCAACUAUGCCUGGCACAACAACAAUGGAGACGACUGUGAUCGCAUCACAUCCGCUUUUCGUGUAGCCAUCUCGGAGUGCAAUCAGAUGUGGGUUAUCGAUUCGGGCAACGUUGGUGGUGUCCAACAUUGUCCUCCGCAACUGUUGCAAUUCGAUCUCAACAGCGACACUUUGCUGCAUCGCUUCCGAUUCCCCAAUGAGACUUACACUCCAGGUGCCUCACUCUUUAUUGCCCCCAAUCUAUUUGUGCAAGAUCCUCCGCCACGCAACUGUGCACGUACCAUAAUCUAUGUGCCGGAUGUCACCAAUCACGGCCUCGUAGUCUACGAUCACCGGGCAAAUGCUGCUUGGCGCGUCGAGAAUCGUUUCAUGUACCCAGAUCCAGAUUAUGGACGUCACACCAUUGCCGGCGAGAGCUUUGAUUUGAUGGACGGCAUCUUUGCGGUCAACAAUGACAGACAAAAUCUCUAUUUCCAUCCCCUGGCCAGUGUCAGUGAGUAUUCGGUUCCUUUGAGUGUUCUCAACAGACGACAGAACUGGGAAAAUGGAGUGGAUGCCAUGUCAGAUCAGUUCACGCUCUUGGGCAGACGUAAGAGCGAAUGUGCCGCCUCAGCCAUUGACAGUCGUGGCAAUCUCUACUGCGUCACCUUCAAUCCCAUCAAGCUUUUUGCGUGGAAUGUGAAAACACGCUACACCACUCGCAAUUUUGGCAAUUUGCCAGCUAAAGCCAAUGAAUUGCAGUUUGUCAGCGGCAUGAAAGUAGCACGUAAUGCCGAAGGAAAGGAGGAGCUUUGGAUGCUCUCCAAUCGUUUUCAGAAAAUUGCCAGUGGCACAUUAAAUUCCAACGAGGUGAACUUCCGAAUUUUGCGUCGUCCGCUCGACGAUAUACACAGUGGAGUAUUCUUCGCCAGUGACGAUGACCUGACCAAUCGUCUUAUCUUUAAUUAAUCUACAUCUAACUUGUAAUUCCAUUAAGCUAAGAAUCAGUUGUUAAAAUAAAAUUCGAACUAUAUAA